AUGGCCGGGGCAGGGGACAAGGACAGCAAGGAAGCAUACCACAAGGCUUUCCUGGCGGCCAUCAGCGAGUACAACAACUACGGGGCCGCCAAAACGAGCUCCAAGUAUCAGAUUGACAGUGGCACAGCCAAUGCGAUGUUUGGCUUGAAAGUAGAGAUCCUGACCUUGUUGGGCAACGUGCAUGAGCUUAUGGUUAAGGCUGUCAAUCCGUCCGGGGAGAGCCUUUUCUCCAAAGAGGUGCUGGAGGAUGUGAAUCGCAGAAUCUUGGAGGGGGACUAUCACGAGGAAGCCGGCACACACCUGGAAGCCAACUGCCAGGUAUUCAAGCCGAACCACAUGGCAAUGUGGGCGGACAACCUCUCACAGUGCGACUCCGCAAUGACCAAUGCCGACAAUUCCCUCAACCAGAUGUCCGCCGAAACAUCGCGAUUGACUUGGGAACAAGAUACUCUCAAGCUUGCGUCUGACAUUGCGAUGAUUGGGAAGAUGUUCAAUACUUUCCAGAAGACCGAACGAACACGGCACCUUCAAAAAGUUACGCACCUGAGGAAUUCCUUGGGAGCUACACUGAUCGAGAACACGAUGGACAGGUGGUGCAAGCAUGUCACUGGGACGGACGACUUGAACACCGUUGCCGCCCAGCUCAAGAACACCCUGAGCCGCAGACCAACCGCGAGUAUGGCAGUCGUUAUGGCACCGCGAAUCGAAGAGAAGCUGGAGGCAAAGGAUCUCACCUCCGAGAUGAUCAUCGUGAGGAUGGAGAUGCCCCCAAGCUCGAAGUCGGUGCCGAUGAACCUGCCAGGAUGGCUUGUCUUUGAUGAUUCCGGAUUGGCAGACAACGAGUUUGGCUCGUGCCGCUUGAGAUCAGACAGGGGGCCCCGUGAGCCCAUUCCCUGGGCGCCCGAACGCAGCUACGUUGUUCCGAAUGGGGCGAAAGAGGCGGCGCAGCUCCUGGCAGGCGCCGAGUUUCCUGUGGCUGUGAUGACCGCUUGCAUCACCGGCCAGAACAGUGCCACUUUGCCGUUUGUCAAAGCCGGCCGAUUCGUCAGGGUGAUCAACCUAACCCCUUACGACGGGCAUUUGGAAAAGGCAAUGUUCCGCUAUCAUCUGGAAGACGAGCGUCCUCGCAUCUGCUGCUUGUCAGUCGGGCAAGACCCUGCUGUCAUGCAGUACUCCCAAUCGGUGCUCGCCCUGUCGCUAAUGGAGGACUGGAAGAACGAUCACAGCAUCCUCCACUCCGAGCCCAGCUACAAGAAGUACGAGAAAAACCCAGAGGAGCAGACAUCGGGCUUCGACCUUAAAGACUUCCCCUUGAAGAUGGUGACCUGCACCCUGGACAACAGCAAGAAAGGCUUGGAGAAGCUUCGGUUUGCCCUGCCUACGGAGAUUCGGACGAAAUAUGCCGCAGAUCCCUUGCGAAGCCAGGAAUGGUUGGAACUGGUGGCGGCUUUCGAUUCACAGUUUGGCACCAACACCAGCACGCCUGCAGCCGAUGCCGAAGCUUCCACAGCAGAGGGUGCUACCUCAGACAAGGGCGGAUGGCCAGACGAACCCCAAACCCUCGACCAGCUGUCUGCCAAGUACGAUAUCGAGUACAAGAUUCCCGCAAGGGUUCCGGGAGCAUCUUUGUUCAUCACGAAAGCAGCUGACAGGGACGGCAAGACCGAGCACUGUGUUGAGAAUCAGGACUUGAAAAUGUUCCUGGUACCUUCCCUCGCAGCUUCACCAACGACAACCAGAGCAUCGCCGCUGCCGAUGCAUUCAGAAACCAAGACCGACCCAAUGAAUAAGGGGACGCGAUCUGAGCUGGCAAACAGCUUGGCUCUGGCCAUGAAGCAGACCAAGGACAGGAUGAAAAAAAAGGACGACGAUGCUCCUGGCAACAAGGCCACAGAGAUGAGUGCAGCUCAGAGGUGGGCAAACGCGAAAAAAAACAGCGGCGACAACAACGAGAAUAGCAAGAAGAAGGGCCCGAAAAGCAAGAAGGCCAAGACAGAGGAACAGCACGUCGAGGAGGACGACGAUGAGGAUGAGGAGGGGGAUGCAGAGGAGAUGGAUGCCGAGGGCGAGGGGCUUGGGAUCGACAGUGACGAGGAGAUCAACAAAGGUAACAAGAAGCAGAAGAAGGCAAAGGCAGACGGCAGUGCCAAAGCAAAGGGCAAGGCUAAGACGGAGACAAAGGACGAGACAGGGGACGAGAAACUCCCCAAGCCUAAGGGCACGGCCAAGGCCAAGGCCAAGACGGACAAGGGCCAGCAAGACGACAAGAAAGCCACCGCGAAAACGAAAGCCAAGGCCAAGGCCAAGGCAAAGGGCAAAGCAAAGAACGAAACCCAGGGCAAUGAUGACGGUGCCGCGGCAACUGGCAAGCUAGGUGUGAAUAUGCUCAGCGAGUACCACAAAGCUGUCAAUGCUGCGACGGCUCGCUUAACAGCAGAGCACCCGGACAUGAACAUCAAGGAGAUUAAGAAGCUUGCUCGUGAAGAGCACCCGGGAAGCAUUAAAGGGGGGUCGAGUAUUGAGCCCGCUAAAAUCUGA